GACUGCAGCUUGAUAUCGUUGCAUGACAGCUCACGCCGCCCUCACUGUUGCAGUAAACUCAUCUUGUGCUUGCUUUCUGCAUCGACUUUCGACCUUGCAGUUGUCUGAACUAACUGAAAAUGCUUUCCUACAUCAUUAGUCUGAUCAGAGGCGGCGUGGACAGCAUCAUCAACCUGAUCUUCAGACUUUUGUUCCCAAAGAGGAGACCUGCCAUCACCUUGGAAGACCCCAACAUCAAGUAUGCACUGCGGCUGCUGGACAAAGAGAUUGUCAGCCAUGACACAAGGAAAUUUCGCUUUGCACUGCCCUCCCCUGAACACGUCCUGGGUCUUCCCAUUGGGCAGCACAUUUAUUUGUCUGCAAAAGUAGACGGGAAACUUGUCGUCCGUCCGUACACGCCCGUGUCCAGCGAUGAUGACAAAGGCUAUGUGGAUCUGGUGGUGAAGAUUUACUUCAAAGAUGUCCAUCCUAAAUUCCCUGAAGGCGGGAAGAUGAGUCAGUACCUGGAGAGCCUCAGGAUCGACGACACCAUCGACUUCAGAGGACCCAGCGGCCUCCUCGUUUACAAAGGCAGAGGUGUCUUCGCCAUUCAGCCAGAAAAGAAGGCCCCGGCUGAGAUCAAGACGGCCAAACAUGUGGGCAUGAUUGCUGGAGGGACAGGAAUCACUCCCAUGUUGCAGCUGAUCUCGGCUGUGAUGAAGGACCCUCAGGACACGACAGUGUGCUACCUGCUGUUUGCCAACCAGACUGAGAAAGACAUCCUGCUGAGACCAGAGUUGGAGGAGAUCCAGGUGAACAACCCGGACCGCUUUAAGCUGUGGUUCACUGUGGACAGAGCGCCUGCAGACUGGGAGUACAGCCAAGGCUUCAUCAACGAAGACAUGGUGAGGGAACACCUGCCGCCUCCGGGCGACGACGCCCUCAUCCUCAUGUGCGGACCUCCACCUAUGAUCCAGUUCGCCUGCAACCCCAACCUGGACAAAGUGGGACACUCUGCCAGUCAGAGGUUCGCCUUCUAGACGCCGGAACCACACCAGAGAAUCGGAGGUUUGGGGAUACCGGGGGUGUUCAGUUAUUAUUUACUCUGCCCUGAAACAUUAAUGCACUCGUACAGUCACAGUGGGGUUUUGCACUAUGUAUACUACUAUAAUUACGCCGUGAUAUUUGUGUGCAGCAGAAUCAUAGCAAGGACCAAUUAGUGUGAUCAGGGAAGUGUAGCAGAAGGGGGCGGGAACAUGUGGAUGUUUGAGCUUUAACAGGAGGAGUUCUGUGAUGAAUAAUGGAAAAGACACGUUGGGAUUGUUGGCUUGAAAAAUUCAGAUGUGAUUCAGAAGAUGUUGCAAACAAACCCUGCUGUCCCUCUGAGGCCUCAGUUUGCCUCAACGAUCAGAGGAGUCGAGGUCUCCUGGCUGUUUUCUGAGUGCCUUAACACAUGCAAAGCUUUUUUUUUUUUUAUGCACAGAUAAAGAAUUGUGAUCAUCACUUGCUUUGAUCUAUACUGAAUUGUAUUGUUGCAUCACUGCUGUUGAAUAUUUGUUACAGAGUCCAGACGUCCAUCUGUUUAGUCAGAGAUAUAUUUUUGCUUAAAAUUGUUAACAGUGGUUUGUAACGCGGUCUUUGCUGCAAGUCUGGCAACAGUGGCUACUUGUGUUUAGAUAUGCAACAUAAAAAAAAAAAAUCAACUGCUAUCGAGUCUGAGAUGCUUUGGUAAUCAUUUCCUGUCAAAAUGUUUGGAAAGAUCUCACUGUGCAACCUUUAAAACAUCCUCAUAGAUGUGUUAGCUCAUACUCUACGUGUGCUACAGAAACUGAACACAAUGGAGGGGGAAUAAAUCAUUUUCUUUCUUUUUAUUACAAAACAGUUAAAAACAACGACUUUGGUUUCCAUGUUAACUUUCCAUCAUGCUGUUUCUUUAAGAGAUAGUGGAACAUUUGGAGAGAAACGCUCAGGGGUUAAUGAGAGGAUAGCGCUCACGUACAGGGCUAUAACCAGGAGUUGAUUAGCUUAGCAUAGAGACUGUAAGCACAGUGAAAAGCUUAUAGCCUGGCUGCACCUCUAGAGCUCACUAAGAAACACGUCUCACUUAUUUAAAUCAGAACAAAAAUAAGGAAAACAAAUUGUGGGUUUAGGGGGAGUUUUGUGUUUCAGCUUUCAGACUAAACUGAAGAGAGGAGGCGUGUUAAUUAGUCGGCUUUAGAGACGGCCAGGCUAACUGUUUCUGUCUGUCUUUGUGCUAAGCUUAUCAGCUCCUGGCUGAAGCGUCCAUCUUUAAAAGCACAGACGCGAGAGUGGGAUCAAUCCCCUCAUCUACUGUCGGUCUGAGACAGAACACCAAAAGCCUUUUUUUCUUUUCGUCCAAAACAUUUUGUCUCAUGUUCUCUGCAGGUUUUUUAUCUUUCUGCUCACCUCUGAAAUGUUUAACAACAAUACUAUGAAGGUAAAUAAAAACAGAGCAGUAGUCUUCACAGGACAGACACAAUCCGAUACAGACGUCUCAGAGGGAUUUUAAAAACCUGGACAAACAGCACGUUUGCAUCUAGAAACCAAAAACAGGUCAAUGAGAGAAAAAUGUCCUCGUAUUUGAAAUCUUCAAAGUUCACACAAAAGCAACUUCACGUACCACAAAUAAAACAGAGUCCGACCGCAGCUGAGGACAUUUAAAACUCCUUAAAUUGACCAGUAAGUUUACCUCAAUCAUUACUACACCAAUGGUUGAAUAAUAAAAAAUAAAUGCAGAAAGAGAAACAUUUAUGUAUUAAAAUCCUGCAUCUGUUCAUGCAUUAUACGUUUGGCAGCUUCAAUAAAUACAUGUGUGAUCAAAAAA